GCGCGCAGGCGCAGAAGGGAGAGGUAUGGUUGAAAACUCGCAGUCCAUCGCGCUGAGCAGAAGAGGAGCAGCACAACUAAAUGUGACUUAUCUGAGCAUCAUCAUCACAUCCGCGCCUCCGGGAGACAAAGAAGAGACGAACUCUAAAGGAGCAAACAACGCGAUCAGAGCCUCCCGGAGUGAUAUGAUAUCAUUAUUAUUAUAUCUCUCGACGUGACGACUGUUUGUCUGCCUCUAAUGUUUCCAACCCACUGAGACCAGGGGGAUUUAUUCCUUCUUUUGUUCUUUGCUUUUUUUAUUGACUAUUAAUAAAAGCAGCCAAAACGAAUAAAUACGGGUCAUUAUGGUUUUGUUAACACUGCAUAAUAGAAGAGGGUUGAAUUGCUUGUGCGCGCAGUUCUUGCUGUGGAUUUUAUGUGCUGUGGACGGUGAGGAGCAGCAAUUCAGUGUGGAGGCUUGGCUGCAGAGGUAUGGCUACCUCCCUCCCACAGACCCCAGAAUGUCCGUCCUGCGGUCAGAACAGACCAUGCAGUCUGCUAUCGCUGCCAUGCAGCGUCUCUACGGCCUUAACGUCACCGGUGAACUGGAUAAGAACACCAUUGACUGGAUGAAGAAGCCACGAUGUGGGGUGCCAGACCAGUUCGGCGGCGCCUCGAAAUUUAGCGUCCGAAAAAGACGUUACGCCCUCACAGGGCAGAAAUGGCAACAUAAACAUAUCACAUACAGUCUAUAAAAAAACGUCACGCCCAAGGUGGGAGCGGAGGAGACCCACAACGCCAUUCGCCGGGCGUUCGACGUGUGGCAGAACGUCACGCCACUGCGUUUCGAGGCGGUACCCUACAGCGACCUGGAGCGCAACAAGAAAGAUGUGGAUAUUACUAUCAUUUUCGCCUCAGGUUUCCACGGCGAUAGCUCCCCCUUCGAUGGAGAAGGGGGUUUCCUUGCACAUGCCUACUUUCCCGGUCCGGGGAUUGGAGGAGACACACACUUCGAUUCGGAUGAGCCCUGGACUCUGGGGAACCCUAACCAUGAUGGGAACGACCUCUUCCUGGUGGCGGUACAUGAGCUGGGUCACGCGCUAGGCCUGGAGCACUCCAACGACCCCACUGCCAUCAUGGCCCCUUUCUACCAGUACAUGGACACAGAGAACUUCAGACUGCCACAUGACGAUCUGCAGGGCAUCCAGAAGAUCUACGGACCUCCAGAUAAACUUCCUCAGCCUACAAGACCUCUACCGACGGUCCCGCCGGCCCGCUCGCACCCUCCCGUAGAUCCACGCAAAAACGACAGGCAGACGCGGCCCCCGCGAAUACCGACCGGCGACAAACCAAUGCACCCCAACGCUAAACCAGACAUCUGCGACGGCGGUUUCAACACGCUAGCCAUCCUCAGGAGGGAGAUGUUUGUCUUCAAGGACCAUUGGUUUUGGAGGGUGAGAGAUAACACCGUGAUGCCCGGUUACCCCAUGCUCAUCAAUGUCUUCUGGAGAGGUCUGCCGCCCAAGAUCGAUGCCGUCUAUGAGAACAGCAAGGGCAAAUUUGUGUUCUUCAAAGGCAAACAGUUCUGGGUGUUCAAGGACACAAUGCUACAGCCUGGCUACCCGCAGGACAUCUCGAUGUUUGGAAACGGCAUGCCAGCUCAGAGUAUAGAGACAGCCGUCUGGUGGGAGGACGUGGCCAAGACCUACUUCUUCAAAGGAGAUAGGUAUUGGAGAUAUAAUGAAGACUUGAAAAUGAUAGAUCCUGGUUAUCCCAAGUCCAUCACUGUAUGGAAGGGUGUUCCAGAUUCUCCGCAAGGAGCGUUUGUGGAUAAAGCUAACGGUUUCACUUACUUCUACAAGGACAAAGAGUACUGGAAGUUCAACAACCACAGGCUGCGGGUGGAGCCGGGCUACCCUCGCUCCAUCCUCAAAGACUUCAUGGGCUGCGACCUGACGCCCAUCGACCCCGACACGCAGCCGACGGAGGACGAGGACGUCGUGAUCAAACUGGACAAUGAAGCCAGCACGGUCAAAGCCAUCGCCAUCGUCAUCCCCUGCAUCCUGGCGCUCUGCCUGCUGGUGUUGAUCUACACCGUCUUUCAGUUCAAGAGGAAGGGGACGCCCCGACACAUACUGUACUGCAAACGCUCCAUGCAGGAGUGGGUGUGAGUCACGCGGCCACGAGAAACGGUGGCGUAAACACCCUAAACUUGCGGAUUUUGGCUCUCGACCAAGGAGAACGGCGAGGGCCUUUGCUUUGAUUCCCCCCUCCAGGAGACGAGGGGCGCAUUUCCCUCCAAAACUCCCUUCUCUUGUCCCAUUGGCUCCCGGUGCACCCGCUGUAGGACUUGCGGGAGGCUUGCGGGAUCGCAAGGAUCCCACGGCGCAUUGCGCCAUUCCAGUGCCACUGUUCGACGUGGAAAUCGCUUUAGGUUUUACAAGUGCACGCUGAAAAUGAAAAAAAAUUAACGAAAAUGUCGCCAGGAGUCGCUUUUUUUACUUUCCGAAUUUUCGCUUGGCUCCAGUUUGUUUAUUUAUUUCCAAAACAUUUACGAUUCCCUUUAAAGCAUCCCAAACCAAAUAAAGACUCCAAAGAGGAUCUUUUUUCUUCUUUUAACAUUUUUUUCUUUUCUAUACGUACUUUUUUCCCUCCCUGCGCUAAAUAUUUUUGCAGUGGUAUGUAGAGAGGGAAGUUUUGACUGUUGUGGCAGUCUGUCUCAAAAACAGGGGCCAAAAUAUUCUGCAAUAUUUUUAAUAGCCUUAAUUAUGGAUUGUGUUUGCUUUGUUUCCGUUUCUUCGUUUGUUUUUAAGCACCGCUUCGUUUGUCCUGUCGGAACGGCAGUGCAAUAUUGCUUUGCUCCCUUCGAGAUCGAUUCGAGACCUCAUUUUCGCCAGGGGCCGCGCUGCAGGGCCGCUGGAACGGGGCCGGACUCCUUAACCUCUGCCUAACAUAUCAGUCAAAACAGAGGGAAGACCAAGCCACUGCAAUGAUUUUUUUUUUUUUCUCCGUCCGGCGGUAGAAUUGGAAGCGCUUGAACCGUUUAUCGUGCUUAUCGCUCGCUCGUUUGGUCGUGUUUACACGGACAGAGAUUUGAGAAUUCGUUUCUUCCCUUUUUCCGAAAGGUUGCUGUUCGAGACCGAGCAUGUCAUCUCCUUCGGACUGCCUUGUUUUUAGGUCUGGAUGGGAUCCGAGAACCUUGACGUAUGAACCAGAACCACCAGAGCAACUCAGGACAGCGCUUGAUUCAAAGUGUAUGCAAGCCUUCACAUCCAGUCCUGUGUCUUUAUUAUCAACCGAGAAGAAAAUCAAGGAUAUAUCAUGUAAUGUUUCACCAUUGCUUGUGAUCGGAAGCUUCUACGGAAGGAUCAGAGUCGGAACUUUCAGUUGGGUUCAUGUCUUGCAGUCUGACUCAUGAUCGGUCCUUUGCAUCGAACGGAUGUUCGAACAUACAGUUAUUUGCUUGCAUUAGCAUUUUUUUAUGUUUGAUCAAAUUUUUUUUUUGGUACAUUUGAAAUCGAAUGGUCUCAACCUCAACUUUAAAGUGGUACUUAAAGUGCUAAGCUGUCAUCCGUGCUAAGCACGUUUCCUUUACAACGUACGUGAUCUAAAGAAAACCAUAUGCGUGUUUCUGGCAAGCGGUGUUUGAAUGUGUGUCUGUAUUGAUGCUUUUUUCUUUCUUUUUUUCUUUUUUCAUUGUUUCAAGAAAAAAGAAAAGGAAAAAAUGGGACAUUCUUCAAAUUCAUGUACUUCAUGACUCGGUUUGGGACGAAGCGUCCUGACAGACUUAAUAAAUUAAUCAGUAUAUGAUUAAAAUGCCUUUUAGCGCUUUGUUCACAUUUACUAUACAUACAUAUUCAAUCUGGGAAUAUAUAAACAUCUGCUCUGUCAACUAACAGAAACACCAUGGUAAUACCAUAGUAUUUUAGUGUGGUAAUCAUUUAGUACCACACAAUAUAUCAGAACACUAUGUUAUUGCCAUGGUACUGCAGCAGUACUUUCCUUGCUUUCUUUGACUUACAAAAAUGUACCUUGUACCACGGUAUUUUGGACAUUUUUACCAUGGUACUACCACGGUAUGGUGUUUUGAACAUACUGUAGAACUGGGGUAAUAUCAUGGUAUUUUGGACAUUUUACCAUGGUACUGCCAUGGUGCUUUGAACGUACUAUAGAACUGGGGUAAUAUCAUGGUAUUUUGGACAUUUUACCAUGAUACUGCCAUGGUGCUUUGAACGUAGAACUGGGGUAAUAUCAUAGUAUUUUGGACAUUUUACCAUGGUACUGGCAUGUUGUCUUGAACGUACUAUAGAACUGGGGUAAUAUCAUGGUAUUUCGGACAUUUUAUCAUGGUACUGUCAUGGAGUUUUGAACAUGGAACCGGGGUAAUAUCAUGGUAUUUUGGACAUUUUACCAUGGUACUGCCAUGGUGCUUUGAAUGUAGAACUGGGGUAAUAUAGUAUUUUGGACAUUUUACCAUGGUACUCGCAUAGUGUCUUGAACGUACUAUAGAACUGGGGUAAUAUCAUGGUAUUUUGGACAUUUUACCAUGAUACUGCCAUGGUGCUUUGAACGAAGAACUGAGGUAAUAUCAUGGUAUUUUGAACAUGAUACCAUGAUAUUUACCAUGGUACUACUAUGGUGUUUCGAACGUGGAACUGUGGUAAUAUUAUGGUAUUUUUGACAUUUUGCCAUGAUAUUUAAAACAUGAUACCAUAACACUACUAUGGUAUUUUGAACAUGGUACCAUGGUAUUUUGGACAUUUUACCAUGACAUUUGUUCACUGCACCAUGAUACUACUAUGAUAUUUUGAAUGUGGUACCAGGAUACUACUACUGUUAUUUACAAUGGUAUUUUGGACAUUUUUACCACGCUACUACCAUGGUGUUUUGAACAUAGAACCCAGGUAAUAUCAUGCUAUUUUGGACAUUUUACCAUGGUACUAUGUUACUGAACAUGGUACCAUGGUAUUUCAGAAAUUUUAACAAGGCUUUUGAACAUUUUACCAUGGGACUACUAUGUUAUAUUGAAUAUUUUACCAUAGUAUUAAACAUGGUACCAUGGUAUUUUAGACAUUUUACCAUGGUACGACUAUGGUAAUUUGAACAUCUGUUUAUUUUGGAUAUUCUACCAUGGUAUUAUAGACAUUUUACCAUGACAUUUGAUAAUGAUGGACAUUUUACCAUGGCACUAUUUUAUACAUGAAAUCAUUUGACCAUAGUACUACUACUGAGUUUUUAACGUACCAUGGUAUUACCAUAGUAUUUUUGACAUGACAAUACCAUGGUAUUUUGAUUAUGUACCAUUGUAUUAUGGACACCAUAUUCUUGUAAGCACCAUGAAGUAUCGUGUAAAUACAAUGACACGUGUUCCAGCACCAUGGUAUAUUUCAAAAGUACCAUAGUAUUUCCCUCCGAUGUACCACGUACAGUACAUUUUGUAAGGGCUCUAUCCUCUCUUUCUCGCUGUGUGUAUGUGUGUAUGUACGCAUUCGCAUGAGUGGUCUUUAAAGUUUCCCAGAAUCCGAUCAAACAAAACUCCGCUUUGAACAGCUGAGAGGAAUCAUUAAAUAAUACAGAAAAUGGAGUAUCAUAAAGGUGGUUUGUAUCCUGUGGUUAUAUAGUAUAUAUAGCUAGUAUGAUAAAAAUCCGAGCAUAACAUAUGAGACGGCGGUGGGCAGAGGCAUUCAGAACUCGCCAAGUGCAAAAGUAAACAGAGACAGCCGCGGCCCCUGCGCAUUCUGAUUGGCCGUCGGAGCGCUGGCAUGCCGGAUGAGGUCAGGUCGGGCAUCCAAACUGCCAUCUAUGUUCCAAUUCAAAUCUAGCUCAGCAAAAUGACUGCGGCCAUGGUUACUGCAAGCAUAAUGGCUGAGAUGAGAGAUUAAAGCGCUAAAUGAUGCGAAUUACUGUCUGUGACUGUUUUUCAAACGUUAAUCACUAUAAACCGACCAGCAGUGUUGAUAAUAGGGAUGUGCGAAACUACAUAUUUUCAUAUUCAAGCACUCGGUGGGUGGUUUGAAUGACUAGUCGACUAGUUACAGUUUAGUUAGGGUCAAACAUAAGGCCAAAAUUGUCUGACUGCAUGUACACUACUGUUCAAAAGUACUGGGUUGGUAAAAUUUUGUGUGUAAAGCUUAUGACAGGAGUCUCUAUAUGAAAUAAUAUUACAUUUUAAAAAUAACUGCUUUCUAUGUGAAUACAUUUUAAAAUGUAAUUUAUUUGUGUGAUGCAAAGCUGAAUUUUCAACAUCAUUACUCGUCUUCAGUGUCACAUGAUCCUUCAGAAAUCAUUCUAAUAUGCUGAUUUGCUGCUCAAAAUGUUUUCAGAAUUUUAUUUGAAACAUACAUUAUAAAUGUCUUUCCUGUCACUUUUGAUCAAAUUAAUAUGGAAGCCUGUUUCUGCCACCGAAUAAAAAAAAAUAAAUAAAAAAAAAGUUAAUUGCAAUUUUUUCUCCUAUUUUUCACAGUUAGCUUUUUUAUUUUUGCUUUUUUCCUUCUGUGGCGGGAAAAAAAAACAGAAUUGUAACAUGUAAAUUCAAAAUUCUGAGAAGGAAAAAAAAAAAAAAAACAUGAGAACUGAGGGAUUUAAACUCAAAAUUUCCAGAAAAAAGUCAGAAUUCCAAGUUUAUAUUUCACAAUUCACACUUUCUCAAAACUGCAAGAAACGAAGUAUGAAUUGUGAAAUAAAAAAACAGUCCAUUGUGAGACAAAGAGUUGGAAUUAUAUUAUUAUUUUUAUUUAUUUUUUUUAAUUCUGUGGCAGAAAUGGCCUUUCAUAAAUGAAUGUCCUUGCUAAAUAAAAAUAAAUUAAAAAUAAUAAAAUGGAAUAAAAAGACAAUUGGAACUUUUCAUCUUAAAAUUCUGACUUUUUCUCUCAGAUUUGCAAAAUAUAAAUUCUUAGAUAACAAGGUCACAAUUACUUUUUUUUUUUUUUUUUGCAGAAAAAAUACCGAAUUGUGAGAUGUAAACUUUUACUUUUAUUCUGAGGGGGAAAAAAUGUCAUAAUUAUGAGAUCUGAACAAAAGUCAGAAAAAAAGUCAGAAUUUUAUAUUUUAAUUGUCAAGUUUAUAUUUGACAAUUCAGACUUUUUUCUCAGAAUUGCAAGUAACAAUGUCAGAAAUGUGAAAUAUAAACUCAUAAUUGUGAAAAAAAAAAAGUCAAUUGUGAGAUAAAGAGUUGAAAUUACAUUUUUUAUAUAUUUUUUUAAUUCCAGCGGAAAUGGGCUUCCAUAAAUUAAUAUGUCCUUGCUGAUUUAAAAAAAAAAAAAAAGAUUUCUUCCAUGGAAUAAUAAAAUAAAAUGAAAUAAUUUCAUUGCAACUUUUUAUUUUUAAAUUCUGACUUUUUUCUCGUAGAAUUGCAAGACAAACAGAAUUGAAGAAAAGUCAGAAUUGUGAGAUAAAAAGUCACAAUUACCUUUUUUUUAAAAAAAAAAAAAAAUUAUUCUGUGGCAGAAAAAAAAAAGAAUUUUGAGAUGUAGACUUAGAAUUCUGAGAAAUAAAAGUAACAACUGUGAAAUUUCAACUCAAAAUUGUGAAAAAAAAAAAAAAAAUAAUAAUAAUAAUAAUCGGAAGUCAGAGCUUAGGUUUUACAAUUCAGACUUUCUCAAAAUUGCAAGAAAAAAAUCUGCCACAGAAAAAUAAAUAAAUAAAUAAAUGUUUUCUUGCAACUUUUUUAAAUUACAUUUCUGACUUUUUCCCUCUCAAAACUGCGAGACAAACUCACAAUUGAAGGAAAGUCAGACUUUUACGAUAAAAAAAGUCACAAUUACCUUUAAACAUUUUUUUUUAAAUAUGUGGCAGAAAAAAUACAGAAUUUUGAGAUGUAAAUUAUGAGAUUUAAACUCAAAAUUGUGGAACUUGAGGAAUUCUCAGAAUUCUGAG